AUGGGCAAAGGCACGGACAAACUUUACAUCACCCACUCCGAGUGGGCAUCGGAAGAUGCAUUCUCUGCCAGCGCAGGCGCCGGUGUCGCUAGAGCCCGACAAGGCGGCUCUUACGCGUCGUUCAAACGGUUACCAUUCAACUUCUGUUCCCUGUCUUUACAACCCUUUACGCAUCCUGUGUGUACACAGUCGGGAACAAUCUUCGACCUGACCAACAUCCUGCCGUGGAUCAAGAAGCAUGGAACCAACCCAGUCGACGGAUCGCCCCUCAAAAGUUCCGACCUGAUUAAGCUCAGUAUCGCAAAGAACGAGGACGGCGAAUAUGUUGACCCUGUGACCUACAAAGUUCUGACGGACAAUACUCAUAUUGUCGCGUUACGAAAUACCGGAAAUGUGUUUGCUUGGGAUACUGUGGAACGGUUAAACAUCAAGGGGAAGAUGUGGCGCGAUCUCGUCACAGAUCAAGAGUUCACCCGCAAAGACAUCAUCACACUUCAGGAUCCACAGAAUCUUCAAUCGCGAGAUCUGAGCUCGUUCAAGUACCUGGAGGAAGGUCAUACCGACAUCCCUGGGCAGACUCAAUCUUCGGGCACGGUGAAUGCCGACGCAUUGGGAAGCUCGGCCAAGAUUCUCAAGGCGAAAGAGGCGGUAGCCAAGGCGCGCGUUGAACGUGCGCAGCAGCAGGCUGGUUCCAUUGCUUCGAAGACCGGCUCAAAGUCCGGAGCUUUGGGAUCAACCAUGCAAAAGUCAGCAGGUGUGCAGUCAGAAAAGCCGACGCCAUACAACGCAGCCCGGUUCACGACCGGCAAAGCUGCUGCAUCCUUCACUAGUACCGGAUUGACGCCUCACACCUCAGCCGAACUGGCGCUGCUCUCGGAGGAAGAAUACAUGCUGAAGCGAGGUCGGGUUAAAGCCAAAGGCUACGCUCGAAUUGAUACAACUGCAGGGCAUCUCAAUGUGGAAUUGUACCCAGAGUACGCUCCGAAGGCUGUGUGGAACUUCAUCCAGCUCGCCAAAAAGGGCUACUACAAAGAUGUGUGUUUUCACCGAAACAUAAAAGGCUUCAUGAUCCAGGGUGGUGAUCCGACUGGUACUGGUCGUGGCGGCGAAAGUAUUUGGGGGAAGUACUUUGCCGACGAAUUUGAAGGUCCGCUCAAGCACGACGGACGAGGUACACUCAGCAUGGCCAACAAAGGCAAGAAUACGAACAGCAGUCAAUUCUUCUUUGCCUAUCGCGCUCUCCCUCAUUUGGAUCGUAAGCACACAGUUUUCGGCCGACUGAUCGAUGACCCUUCCCCCUCAUCGACAACUUUCAACUCCCUCGAAACGCAUCCGGUCGAGGAAAAUACCAAUCGCCCUGUCCCUGAUGUCCGAAUCAAAAACGUCACCGUCUUUGUGGAUCCAUUUGAAGCAUUCCUCGCCAAGAAGCGAGCCGAGGGGGCUUCUGAGACUGGCACUGGAGAUGCCACUCAGAAUGAGGAUGGACGCCAAGGAGAUGAUGAUCGUCUGACGUGGACUGGUAAACGCGUUCGCAACGCAGGAACAGGUCCCUCGACAGAAGGCUCCGGUGGUAUUGGCAAGUAUCUGAAAGCUGCGCUAGCUGAACGGGAGCAGGUGGAGGAUGAGAUUGUGGAAUAUGUGGACGAUGAACCGGAGCCUGAACCUGUUCGCAAGAAAGCCAAGGGUACGGGUGGCUUCGGUGACUUCAGUAGCUGGUAG